AUGCAGCCAGCACAUCUAGUAGGGGCUCCUGGCGCAGCAGCAGCGGCAGCUGCCGCUGCUGCUGCUGCAGCAGCACCAGUUUUCCCACCGGGAGCUUUACCUGGUGUCUCGAUGGCAGUCCCUGGUUUAUCCCAUCCGCUGCCCUCACAAGUUACGCAGGCUCCGCCUGGACUCCAGCAGCUACACCAAAUGCAGCACAUGCAGCACAUGCAGCAAAUGAUGCAUGCGGUGCAAUAUGCCAUGCAAGUUCCUACGGCUGUGGUCACUCAGCCCGACAGCAGGCAGUUGCCUGUAGAUCCGACGCACUGCGCCAUGCAGAGUCUUACUCCUGAAGAGGCAGCCUCUCUAGGCGGCGUAAUGGCUUCUGGAAAAACGGAAAAGAAGAAAGUGCACCUCAGGAAAGCCGCAGGGCUUAUCUGGAGCGACCCCACCCUUGAUCAGUGGGCUGAAAACGACUACAGAGUCUUUUGUGGAGACCUCGGAAACGAAGUCACCGACGAGGUGUUAGCCGGAGCUUUCAGGAAGUACAAAUCUUUCGACAAGGCGAGAGUCGUUCGAGACAAACGAACCGGGAAGACGAAGGGCUAUGGCUUUGUAUCCUUCACUGAUCCGAAUGACAUGUUGAAGGCUAUCAAGGAGAUGAACUACAAAUACGUUGGCAACAGGCCGAUUCGCGUCCUUCGCAGCAAGUGGAAGGAAAGGGAAAUUGAUUCUGAAAGGAACAAGCAGAUUACGGGCAUUGUGAAGAAAGUAGAGAAGAACGAUUCGAAAACCUUGAGGAAGUUUAAGAAGCUUGGAGUCAAUAUCAACGGAGGCAAAGCUGCAAGGAACUACGAAGUACUGGCUAGCCAGGCGCCGAAAAUAAGGAGGAACUACGUCCCACCUGGAGCAUACGGCCGCAUGACCUACCAGUAUAUCAAGGGCGCUGCGCCAACACUUCCUGCUCCAGCUCCUGGAACAGGAGCUGCAUCUCACUUGCUGGAUGAUAUCUAG